CCCCCAGAGCUGGUUGAAGAGGUGAGUAUUUAUGACGUCCUGUGGGAGACCAGUGAGAGAGUAGCAGAUGAGAUCCUCGACUCAGCCUUCCUCCGAGGGAUGUAUUCCAGACGUCUGCCUGCCCGCUGCUAUGCUGACUUCUGCCACCAGGAGGUGCUAUACCUGGACAGAGUCAUCACCAUGCUGCGGCUGCUGAUCAGAACAGUCCAGGGUCCUCCAGACAUCAUGAUGUUUCUCCAGAGAACACAUCAACGCUACCAGGAGUCACUGAAGAAGGCCCAGAUCCAAACUCCACCACACCUGAACCUGUCCUCCAUCCAGCCCUCUGCAGCUGUGCGUCAGUACCUCCAGAGCUUCCAUGACAUUGUAAAUGAGGAGCCCAUUUACUGGCUGGUGUCUCUGCUGCCCAGAGCCCUGCUCAGACCUUACCUGGCACAGAACCUGCCCCUGGGAGAGAGGACCAGACCAGGCCCCAGCCCCUGCCUCUACCCCUGGCUAAACCUCUUCCCCUGCCCCUGCUACCAGUGGGGGGGAGAGGACAUGAAGCCAGACCAGAGGAACCAGAAGGAUGAGUCUGGGACAUAUUACAGGCAUCUACUGGAGAAGUACCAGGAUGUGAUAGACGUCUACAAGGCUGUCAACAUCUUCAGAGUCCAGAUGAUCAACGAGAAGUCUCUCUUCACCUCCAGCUGGUUUCCCACUGGUGACGAGGAGGAAGAGGAGGACCAACCCAACCUGUGGUCUGUGGAGUCUGGUCCUGACGUUAGGGUGAAGCUGUAGCAGUGCAUCUGUAGAAUACAGGGAGCUGAGUGUGUAAGGCUGUGUGUUGGCUUUCACACUGGGCAGGACUGUUCCUCUUGUCAGACAUAUUCCAAUAUUUUUAUGUUAGUAACUUUCACCAAAUAACUACUGUUUAAACUGUAUUAAUGCAAUAACACAAUGAAUGCACACAUCUAAUAACACAUUUAAUUAUUGUCAACAAAGGAGCUACAAUAAAAUAAAUAACAUUUAUGUAAUAAAAUCAAAGAAUGAAAAUGUGUGAACUGUUAAACUGUAUUUUCUAUAUGGGUAUUGGAAUGUGAAUAUUACACAGCCAAUCACAUUGCUGUGCUCUACCACAAUCAGAAGAAUUGCUCUGGCUAGCCACUAAACAGAUGGUAUUGCUUCCAAGAAUUGACCAAUCAGAAAAAGCUAAGGUUGCCCCACUAGCAGUGGGUAAAUGUUUGAAUGCUUCAUUCAAAUACUUUUUUUCCACCAUAUUUAGCAAAUAUAUUCAUUAAAAAUCCUACAAUGUGA